GUGUGCCCGUUGGUGGAAAAUAACCUCGCUGGGGUGGCAUCUGGUGUUUGCGCUUAGCAGAAACGAAGCAGAAAGAACUCUAGUAGUCAUUGAUCACUUUUGCCUGGCAAAUUCUUUUAAAUCGAAAUGUUCUUGUUUUUGAGAUGAUUUGGGUUGUUUUAUGAAACUGGGAAUGCCGUUUUGGUAACUCCCAGACUUUUUAACCUGUCAGGAACAGUUUCACACCAGUAGAUAAAGUCUCUAUGCAGUACGUCUCAACAUGAAGUUCGCAGAGCAUCUUUUAGCUCACAUAACACCAGAAUGGCGGAAACAGUAUAUCAAUUACGAGGAAAUGAAGGCGAUGCUGUAUACAGCAGUGGAAGAGGCGCCAUCUGCAGAGUCAGUGGGACCAGAAAUGAUUGCAAGACACUUUACCAAUUUUGAUGAAGUAUUCUUUCAAUAUUGUGACAAGGAGCUAAAGAAAAUCAACACCUUUUACUCUGAAAAGUUAGCUGAAGCCACCCGUAAAUAUGCCACACUUCGAAGUGAGCUGCAGUUGGCAUUGGAGGAAAGAGAUAAGUCUAAAGGCAAACGGCCAGUCCGCAAACUUCAAGACCUAAAACUUGCAUUUAGUGAAUUUUACUUAAGUUUGGUGCUGUUACAAAAUUAUCAGAAUCUCAACUAUACAGGAUUUAGGAAAAUUUUGAAGAAACAUGACAAGCUUCUGUCGGUAGACUCUGGCACUGCUUGGCGUGUAGAACAUGUUGAGACGUCACAUUUCUUCACAAACAAGGAUGUUGGCCGUCUUGUCAAUGAAACUGAAGGUGCUGUCACGUCAGAGCUAGAAGGUGGGGAUCGCCAGAAGGCAAUGAAGAGACUGAGAGUCCCACCUCUUGGAGAAAAGCAGAGUCCAUGGAUCACCUUUAAAGUUGGCCUUUUCUCUGGUUCUUUCAUUAUUCUUCUGACAGUUGUCAUCCUUUCUGCUAUUUUUCACCAAGGAACAGAAAAGAUGGAUGUAUUGAUGCGACUGUACAGAGGGCCUCUCUUACUUGUUGAAUUUAUGUUCCUCAUGGGUGUCAAUGUUUAUGGCUGGAGAUCAUCUGGAGUUAAUCAUGUGCUGAUUUUUGAACUUGAUCCCCGCCAUCACUUAACAGAACAACAUAUUAUGGAAAUGGCAGCUGUUUUGGGAGUUGUUGGAGCGCUCAGUGUGCUAUCCUUUCUUUAUGCUUCUGCUUUGUCAAUACCUCCAUAUGUGAAUCCUUUGGCUCUUGUCCUCAUAAUGUUUGCAUUUGCACUCAAUCCUUUGCGGACCUUUCGUCAUGAAGCUCGAUUUUGGUUCCUACGCGUUUUCGGUAGGAUGUUGGCAGCACCAUUUUUCUCUGUUGGCUUCGCUGACUUUUGGUUGGCUGAUCAGUUAAAUAGCUUGUCUACUGUUCUUGUUGACUUCCACUUUCUUGUGUGCUUCUAUUUAACAACGCCUAGUUGGCUUGAGGCAGGAGACACAAGUCAGUGUGCAGAACGGUCCUUUAUCACCAAACCUAUUGUCAACUGCAUACCUGCAUGGAUACGGUUUGCUCAGUGUUUACGCCGCUACAGAGAUAGUAAAGAGGCUUUCCCUCACUUAGUUAAUGCUGGCAAAUACUCCACAACAUUUUUUGUGGUCAUCUUUGCAACACUCAGAGCCUACCAUGCAAGCAGUUACCCAAAUACUUUUGAUAAUCCAUACUUUUAUCCAUGGGUGUUGGCAUGUGUUGUGAACACAUGCUACACAUACACCUGGGAUGUGAAAAUGGAUUGGGGAUUCUUUGACACCCUACAAGGAGAUAAUAAAUUUUUGAGAGAUGAAACUGUGUAUUCUUCAAAUAGUUUUUACUAUUUUGCCAUUGUGGAAGAUUUUGUCCUGCGAUGGAUUUGGACUCUAGGAUUUUUUGUCACAGAGGCAGGGUACAUCAGAGGAGAAGCCAUGCAAUGCAUUCUAGCACCUUUGGAAGUUUUCAGGCGCUUUGUCUGGAACUUCUUCCGACUUGAAAACGAGCAUUUAAACAACUGUGGUAAGUUCCGAGCAGUUCGAGACAUCUCUGUUGCACCUCUUGAAUCAUCAGACCAGCUUCAAAUUCUCAGAAUGAUGGAUGAUGAAAAUGGUGUUGUAAAUAGACAUGUGAAGAAACGUUUGAUUCCUUCUAUUGAGAAGGAGAAAGAGGAUGAUCGUCAACCAAUUUUGGAAGAUAUAUCAGGAAAGAAACUGUGAUGCGAAAAUUUUAAAAAUAUUUUUGAUACAGACAACUUUGAUUUAUUUCUUAUUUUGUUUUGAAAAUGUAAAACUGCGGCUACUUUAAUGUCUGUUGAAGAAGUUAGGAAUUGUUAAGUGCUCAUAUUUGUGAUACAUAAGACCAUGUUUUGUAAAUGUUUUAUUGUGGGAGUGAUUUACUUACUAUGUGGUAUCCUUGAAGAAGUUGGAUUUCUUGUUUCUUUAUCUUUUUCUGUAAAUACUUUGCUUAGGUUUUUCUGCUGGCAGAAUCAGUUCAAGGCUAUAAAGUCCAUCUUAAGUAACUUAAUUAUUUCAAUGUAUACCAAAAUGCCUUUCAUAGAUUUCUUAGCGCUAUGUAAAGUUUGUCAGAGGUUCAUUUACAUAUAUGUUCAGUGUUGAGAGUGCUACCAUAUUUUUAAAAUGCCAGAAAGCUUUAAACAAUCAAGUAUAGUACUUUCUCUAUGCUCUAAGGUUGCUUUGUGUGUCUUCCAAUUUGCUUGGAUGCUCUUGGAAUGUUCUUCAAAUUGUAUUCACAGUCUGAUGAAAUUUUGUAAAGAUUUGCAGCUUUACUAUUUAAUGGCAACUCAAGAAUUUUAGUACAGAAUUGGUAAUAUUGUUAUACCAAUUUAGUUUCAUAGCAUUCCCCCACGAAAACAAUAUGUUCUCCUUAGUUCCUUUAUGUUAUAGAUGAAAUAGGUGUUAGUCCUUUUGUUGACCGGAGAGGAUGAUAUGCCAAUAGAUCGAAAGACUGCAGUUUGGCUCCAGAGACCUGGUCCAUCCUUCAAAUUGAAUCUAUUGUCUAUUUUGUACUUCAUAUUCCAUUUCAAAGUCCAAAGUUCUCAUGAACAUUUUCACUUUUAAUGUUAUUUUUAAUAAAAUGUGUGGUAAAUAAUUUAUUGAACAAUGUAUGGUACCAUGUCCUCACCUAAUAUAGAAAAAACAAGAAGUCCUUUUCUGUUUGUUUCUUUACUUAGAUGAUUGCAUUAAAAUUUUUGAAUCAAAAUCUCAACAGCAU